UACUAAUGGAUGAAGAUAGCUCCUAGUCACAGAUACUUUUACAGUAUUAUUUGCUUUACAUUUCAUGACACGACCAAGAAACAUCGACAUUUUAAUUUUUAUUGUGGUCGUGGCUUUAAAAUGAGCCACUCCUUUAAAAAGGUGUGGCAACACUAUAAAAUGGAGGGCAAGUCCAACAGCAUAGCCAGAGCUUUGAGCAGUUUGUGGGGAGGUAACGGCAGCUCAAAUUUAGAAUCAGGACAAACAGAUAGUAUAGGAUCUGGAUCUGCUUUUGGACUAAGUAAAAAGGAAAGGAUUGUUGGAUUCUUUUUAUGUUUAGGACUUGGGAUUUUAUGCUUUGCACUAGCACUGGCAUUGACACCAAUGAUUUUGUUAAAGUCUCGCAAGUUUGCAGCUCUUUUCACCAUGGGGAGUCUUUUUAGCUUGGGCAGUUUUUCAUUUUUAUGGGGUCCUUGGUCACACUUAAAGCAUCUCCUCUCAAGAGACAGACUACCAUUCACUGCUGUGUAUGUUGGAACUAUAAUAGCGACAUUAUACUUUGCACUGGGAGUUCACAGUACUAUAUUGACUUUAUUCUGUGCUGCAUUGCAAAUCUUAGCAUUAAUUUGGUUUCUUGUCAGUUAUAUUCCUGGUGGAACAACCGGACUCAGUUUUAUGCUUAAACUAUUUUCUGGAUUAUGCACAAGAACUGUAUCACAAGCAAUUGAUGCAUAAAGCCAUAAUAGU